CACAACACAUACACAAUUACCGCUCCUGCUGGAUCAUUACAGGCGCGCAGCUGUUGUUGUUGUUUUACGUUGUUUAUAUUAGUUUGCCGGAGCAUCGCGCGCACCGCGGAGUAACGAUCGCAGCAUCUCUGCACCGGAGUGGAGCUCGGAUCGCGAAGCGGUUUUGUAGAGCGCUGGAUUCGGACUGAAUACAGGACGAGGACGCAGCAGAGCCAUCACCAUGAGCAUUUGACAAAUACCCGGAGGCCACACAGGCAAGCAGAUGAGGAUGAGGAUGGUGAAUGAGCUCUGAUGGUUUGCUAAAUAUGGACGUCCCCAAUGGCCAGCCCAGCGUCUCCACCCUCACGGCUCCGGCCUCAGAGAAGAGCAGCAGCUCUGAGUCUCUCAGUGAGAAGGGAACAUCGGAGCUCAAGAGUUUUGAUGCUGUGGUUUUCGACGUGCUGAAGGUCACGCCAGAGGAAUAUGCAGGUCAGAUCACUCUUAUGGAUGCUCCAGUGUUCAGAGCCAUCCAACCUGAGGAGCUCUCUAGUUGUGGCUGGAACAAGAAGGAGAAGCAUAGUUCAGCACCGAACGCAGUGGCCUUCACACGACGCUUCAACCAGGUGAGUUUCUGGGUGGUGAGGGAGAUUCUUCAUGCUCAAACUCUGAAGAUCAGAGCAGAAGUGUUGAGCCUCUAUAUCAGAACAGCAAAGAAACUGUGUGACAUGAACAGUCUCCAUGCAGUGAUGGCAGUUGUAUCUGCUCUACAGAGCGCUCCAAUCUUCAGACUCACAAAGACAUGGGCUCUUUUAAGUCGGAAGGACAAGGCCACGUUUGAGCGGUUGGAGUAUCUGAUGUCUAAAGAGGACAACUACAAACGCUUGAGGGAUUACAUCAGCAGCCAGAGCAUGACAUCCUGCAUCCCGUAUCUGGGAAUCUAUUUGUCUGAUCUGACGUACAUUGAUUCGGCGUAUCCCUCCACGGGCAGCAUCCUUGAAAAUGAACAGCGCUCCAACCUCAUGAACAACAUUCUGAGAAUCAUCUCAGACCUGCAGAGAUCCUGUGAAUAUGAAAUCCCAGUAUUGCCGCACGUCCAGAAGUAUCUCAACUCUGUUCGCUACAUUGAGGAGCUACAGAAGUUCGUGGAGGACGACAAUUAUAAGUUGUCCCUAAAGAUUGAGCCACCAGCUACCAGCACACCUCGCACCACUGCCUCUAGAGAAGACCUCACAGGUCCUGACAUAUCUGCAUCACCAUUAUGUGGUCGUCGUGGUAAUGUUGCUGAAGGAGCCCUACCUAAAGUCCCCCCAACACCACCAUCACCCCGAAACCUCAUCACAUACGGACACAGGAAGUGCCACAGCCUCGGAUAUAAUUUUAUCCACAAAACGAACACGGUGGAGUUUAAAAGCGCCACGUUCCCCAACGCCGGAUCUCGACACCUGCUGGACGACAGUGUUCUGGAGAGCCACACACCGACACGAGGACACGCGGAGAGCUCGACUCUGUCCAGCGGCAUCUCUCUGGGGAGCAGCGAAGGAUCGGAGCUCAGCGAGGAGAUGUCAUGGCCUGCAUUUGAGAGGACUCGAUUCUACCACUCUCUGGGUCCCGUCAGCAGAGUGGGCCGCAUGUCCUGCAGAGGAUCGCUCAGGCCCAGCAGCUCUGCAGAGUCGGAGGAGCUGGCAGUUCAUCUGUACCCAGGAGCUGUCACUGUUCAGGGCGUCUUACGCAGAAAAACAGUGCUUAAGGAGGGCAAGAAACCCACGGUGGCAGCAUGGACUAAGUAUUGGGUGGCUCUUUGUGGUACUCAGCUUUACUAUUAUACUGCCAAGUCCCUCAAGGCCACAGAGAGGAAACAUUUCAAGUCCACUGCCAGCAAAACUGUUUGUGUUUUGGGCUUAAUGGCCAUGAUGGCAGACGACCCAGAGCAUCCUGACGUCUUCCUGCUGACCGACUCUGAGCACGGAAACUCAUACAAGUUCCAGGCGGGGAACAGAAUGAACGCCCUGCUGUGGUUCAAACACUUGAGUGCAGCUUGUCAAAGCAACAGGCAGCAGGUCCCCACAAAUCUAAUGUCCUUUGAAUGAGUGGGACCAGAUCGAAUCAGAGACGGAGAGCUCACAAGUGGCUGGAUGGCUGAGGACCAUGAGGAUCACUGGGGGUCAGAGACAAAUAAAAAACAAGAAAAUAAUGAGCAAAAGACUCAAGUUUGUGUGUGCGAUGGAGCUUUUCCACUGCCAUCACCCAGCCUGAAGCCCACAGCAAACUCCUGGAGCACCACUGCCUUAACAAGCAGAGUCUGAGUGUGUGUAUAUGUGUGUGAAAGAGCCUGAAAGUCCUUGAUUUAAUUGAUUUACAUUUCCCAUCCGAUUCCCAGCAAGCGAGGAACUUCUUGGGCUCUUCUGGAGUUCGUUUACACCUUCUUUAGCUCACAGUACUGUAUAUAUGAACUGGUUGUGAAUCUAAUCAGCGCUUCUCCUCAUUUGACAAAACACACCCAGGAAACUCCUCCAAACACAUCCUCGUGAGUUGUGUUUCCGCACACUCGAGUUAUGCUCAUGCAAAAAGAAUUUCCACGAGCAGGUUUUAACCUCAAGUAAUGGAAGUUUUGGAUUUAUUAAAACCCAACGCAACCAGAAAGGGCUCCGAUACUCACUGAAUUCCAGACUUCAGCUCUCUUUUAUGGAUUCUCCGACUUUCUUUUUAGCUCAUAUCCACACAAACACACACAAAGACAUCUGAAGUGUUCAAUUGAUUGAGAUAUUUGGACUCAUCCGGCUUCAAAACAUCUGCAAUAAGCACAGCAGUUCGAAAAAAACGGUAAUCGCUUGUUCGCUUCACAGUACAAGGGACACGCGUGCGAAAACACACUUUUUAAGCUGUGAAUGUUCAUGGAUGCAGACGUCAGUAGGUUUACAUCUCCAAAUUUGUAUUUAGUCCCAUUAUAUUUCAUUUUUUUUCCAGGUCUGCCAGUGGUUUUCUAAUGAAAUAGUGUGAAUUGUGGGAAUUGGAGCAGGAGAUAAGGCUUUAUGUAAGAUUUUGCUUUUAUUUAAUUGUUUUAUUUCAGUAUUACUGGGAUAGUUGCAUACAACUAUUUUAACUGUCUGUUACAUUAACAUGUUGCAUGUCGUUUCAACUCAUAAGUAUCACCACCUCAAGUAAAUGUUUUCUUUUUGUGACGUUGAUAAGGAGAGCUAAAGAGCUUAAAUUUAAGAAAACACGUGCAAUUACAAAAAACGACAGCAAAUUACACCUGUGCUGCAAAUCCUAACAAUGCAAACACAUUUAAAAGUGCACUGCAUUUUCUCACAACGCAAACAAUUUACGAAAAUGCGCUGCAUUUUCUCACAAUGCUUGCAAAAACAACAGAAUACAAUGGAAAUGUUUUGAGGGGACUCAAAAACGUGACGGACUCCGCUGUGCCAUGACUAUUGCUCAGUGAAGUUGUAGGUGAUCAUUGAAAGGUUAGUUCUGUCUUUGUUUAUUUUAAUAUGCAGAUUUCCUUGUCUUUAGUAUUUAUUAUCCUAAAUAACCAUAACCUAAAUAGCCGGGUCCAUCACGUUUCAGGGUCUCCUUGAAACAUUUCCCUUGUGUUCCGUGCUAUUCUAAAGUGUUGUGAGAAAAUGCAGCACAUUUUAGGAAAUUGUUUGCGUUGUGUAAAAAUGCAGCACGUUUUAAUAUUUUGUUUACGUUGUGUGAAAAUGCAGCAGUGUUUUCGUAAAUUGUUUGCGUUGUGACUAAAUGCAACAUGUUUCAUUUGUUUGUUUUCGUUGUGAGAAAAUGCAGCGUGUUUCCGUAAAUUUCGUUAUAUGAAAAUGCAGUGCGUUUUCGUAAAUUGUUUGUAUUAUAAGAAAAUGCAGCGCGAUAAAUACGUUUUUUUAUGUUGUUGCGUUGUGAGGAUUUAGAUGAAUGGAUGAAGAUCUUGCUGGCGUUUUUUUUUUUUUUUUUU